UCACUCCCACGCGACAUCCAACCUGCACAGGCGCAUUAUCCAGUGCUACCGAUUGUCGCCUCUGAGGUAUCUCAUCUUGAACGCCACAAUAAUUUCGCGAUUGCGACUCUCGCGAGUGUAACGCCAGCAGCCAAUCGCUCCGCGAAACAUAACAAAAACUCAGUAACAGAACCGCAACCACACGCCGAGCAACAACAAGAGUGAAGCCACCGACUCCGCUGUGAAGGUGAAAAGUGUUUCCCGUUUCUGUGGGAAUUCCGUGGAGCCCGUUCGGCCAAGUGCAUUUCGCCAGUGUCAGCAGUAUUGUACGCGACACUGUGCCCGUUCCAGUCAUUGUGAAUUGGCUUCUCGCGGUUGCCAUUUAGCGUUUUUGUGUCGUCCGUGCAUUAUUGGAAGUGCCGCGGAGUGGCCAAAGUGCUUUCCGUGCUGAAUUGCAGUGGAACUGACGUGAGAACUGUGUGAAAUCCAACGGGAAGUCGGGCGCAAAGUGUGUGACAUACAAAACCCCCAGGAAAGUGCGAGUUUAGCGCCGUGAGGUACCGUAAAAGUGACGGAAGUGCGCACCCGAGUUGUGUUGUUUUCUCCGCUGCCUGCGAAAUAAAUGUCAGUAGCCCUCGAGCGCGGCGCAAGCAUCUGUUGGGAAUUGAAGUGCCAAAUCGCGAGCGACCACGAGCAGCAGGAUUACCACUUGUAGACCGUGUCUGGUAGGAAUGCCUCUGGCCAACUCCGCGGACCCAUGGAGAGCCCCAAUCAAUAUCGUCGGGAACGAGAAUUAUGCCACUACAUUGCAUUGUCUGAGAGUGUGAGAUGGUUUGAUGCCCACCGAACUUCGAUGAAAGCUGCUAUAUCAAGGGAUGCUACGUCUAUGUCGAUGACUUCUCGCCUGCUUACAGCACAAGAUGACGUCGAAAUGGUAGUCGAUGAAAAUGAAGCCUUCGAACUACCAUCCGAGGAGCUUGAGCAGCUUGGCGCCGUUGGUGGAUGGGCGUUCGCCGGGGGCGGCACGAAUCAAAAUCACGUAGAUGUGCCGCCAGGAGAUGAUGAUGGUGACGUGCAAAUGCAGGAACGAGAAAUCGAAUUGCGAGACAUUGUUCGGGAAGGUCACGAGAAAGCGGAUCCUUCACAAUUUGAACUGCUUAAAGUACUUGGCGAAGGAUCCUUUGGAAAAGUUUUCUUGGUACGAAAAGUUGUUGGAAAAGAUGCUGGCACUCUAUACGCUAUGAAGGUUUUGAAAAAAGCUACAUUAAAAAUUAAAGAUCGUGUACGUAGUACAAAUGAACGUAAUAUUCUAGCUGACGUUGGCCAUGCAUUCAUUGUGAAACUCCAUUAUGCUUUCCAAACACCUGGAAAGCUAUACUUAAUCUUAGAUUUUCUCCGAGGAGGAGAUCUAUUCACCCGCCUUAGUAAAGAAGUAAUGUUCACCGAGGAGGAUGUCAAAUUUUAUUUAGCCGAAUUAGCAUUAGCGUUAAAUCAUUUACAUAGUUUAGGGAUAAUUUACAGAGACCUGAAACCAGAGAACAUUUUAUUAGAUCAAGACGGUCACAUAGCACUUACAGACUUUGGCUUAUCAAAACAACCCUUAGAUGGUUCAAAAACAUACAGCUUUUGUGGAACAGUGGAAUAUAUGGCUCCAGAAGUUGUUAAUCGUAAAGGACAUCAUUUUGCUGCCGAUUGGUGGUCAUUUGGAGUCUUAAUGUUCGAAAUGCUUACAGGCAAUCUACCAUUCCAUGGAUCUUCCAGGCAAGAUACAAUGACACAAAUUCUUCGUUCGAAAUUGGGCAUGCCUGAAAACUUAAGUCCUGAAGCGCAGUCAUUGCUGAGAGCUUUGUUCAAAAGAAAUCCACAGAAUAGAUUGGGUGCUUCCGAAAACGGUAUUGAAGAUAUCAAGCGACAUGAAUUUUUCGCCAAUAUCGAUUGGGAGAAACUUGUGCGAAAAGAAGUCCGACCACCAUUCAUUCCCGCUGUGUCACGCGACGAUGCAUUCUACUUCGAUUCUGAGUACACAAGUAAAUCCCCCAGGUUGGAUUCUCCUGGCGGGCCAGUAAGUGCAAGUGCGCAUGAAAUAUUCCGUGGCUUCAGCUUUAUUGCACCAGGAUUGCUUGAUGAAUCCAUCACUCAGUCACUGUCAAAUGGAAGUACGAAUAACGGAGCCGUUAAUCGCCCACUCAACGUUGAGAUCCCAGGAGUAAAGCCUGGAAAUUUCACGGAUGAUUAUAAUAUCAUGCAGGAGCUGGGCCGUGGUACGUUCUCUGUUUGCCGAUUGUGCGAAAACAAAUCUACAAAAAGACAAUAUGCGGUUAAGAUAAUCAAUCGAUCGGAACAUUGCUGCCGUGAAGAAGUGGAAAUACUUCUAAGGUACGGCAAUCAUCAGAACAUUGUUACAUUGUACAGCGUUUAUGCUGACAAUAAUUCAGUUUACCUCGUAAUGGAUCUCCUCAAAGGAGGUGAACUACUAGAUAGAAUAUUAGCCAUACAAAGGAUGUGUGAAAGUGAAGCAAGCGCGGUACUUCGGACGGUUAUGUCAGCAGUGGCCUAUCUACAUGAUCAUGGUGUAGUUCACAGAGAUUUAAAGCCAUCGAAUCUCCUUUAUGCUUCCGUUUAUCAAACACCAGAUUCCCUUAAGCUUUGCGAUCUUGGAUUCGCAAAACAGCUUCGUGCUGACAAUGGUCUUCUUAUGACUCCUUGUUAUACUGCGAAUUUCGUAGCACCAGAAGUAUUAAAAAGACAAGGAUACGACUUGGCCUGUGACAUUUGGUCGCUAGGAGUGCUUUUAUACAUUAUGCUGGACGGAAAGACACCUUUUGCGAGCUCUCCAACCGACACUCCUGAAUUGAUUCUAGCGAGGAUAGGAGCGGGCAGAGUUGAUAUUGAAUCAGGGCAUUGGCAGGCCAUUUCCCCGCAAGCGAAAGAUUUACUCCGACAAAUGUUGCACUAUCAACCGAACAAACGACCGACAGCAAAGCAGAUUUUGGAACAUCCAUGGCUCUGGCAGCAGCCACCGUUCCAAUUAAGACCAGUUGAUCAACAAGUGAGUGCGGAAGCUGCUGCUAUCAAAGCUACAGUUCAUGCAACAUUCCGGGCAAUCGCAUCACCACGCGAAAAUAACAAUGUCGGACCGGUUGGGAUGUCCGAACUUGCCAAACGACGUGCUAAAGACAAAUACAAUGUUCAAUAAAUGCUCCACAAUGCAACAACUGUUACAGACAAAACAAAAAAAUAUAUCUUCCGUGUACGAUAGAGAUUCUAAGCUGAAACAAAUCUAAUUAUAACUACUACUACUAUUAUACUGAUACAGAUACGAGAUCUAUUCCAUAUAAUUUUGAAAAAUCAUGUGCUUGUUGUUGUUUUCAAGAUAUUUCUUUACCAAAAAACAAUGUUUUCCCCUAUUGUAGUAGGCAUUUGAAUUGCUUUUAUUGUAGUUUUUGUGAAAGAAAGAACAAGCCGAAAAUAUAGUGUAAUUUUAAUUCGAA